AUGACCGGGCUAAUGGCCACUAUCCAAGCUGCUGUGCAUAUUACUAUAACGUGUCAAAAGAUUCAGUUUACUACAAAAGAUGACACCCAUUAUCAUGGGCUUCUGGCCGGCUGCAUGUUUCUUUCGCUUUUGAUCCUGCCUCUUGUGAAACGUCGAGUUUACGAGGUUUUCCUGGUGACUCACCUUUCGUGCGCGUUUUCGGCACUUUUUAUGAUUUGGAAACAUAUCCAGCCGAGAGCAGAAACGUCUCGCAGAUACGUUCUGAUAUGUGUCGGUUCUUCUGUUGUAACGGGUGCGCUCCAACUCCUUCGCAUUCUCUUCCGCAAUAUAGUGUUCGGGAGAAAGUCCGUGAGGAUAAGCAUUAAACCACAUGCAGAGAAGAUAGUGUGUGCUAAGCUGUGUCUACCGCGGCCAUGGACAGUACGUGCUGGUGAACGAGUUACUCUGGGGGUGCCAUCUGUUGGCCUAUUCUAUCUUUUCCAGGCCCACCCAUUCAGCAUCACUUGGUGGGAAGAGAACGACGAGGGCAAAGCAAGUGCGGUUUUUUUGCUUUUCCGGGCUCGGACCGGAUUCACACGAAAGGUUCUCAAAUGUUUGGAGUCGGAUCGCGAAUACUGGGCUUGGAUUGAUGGACCGUUUGGACCAUCUUCAGUCCAUCAAUGUGGUUCCACUCGUGACCUGGGCGAUUAUGGACACGUUCUCAUGGUUACCACUGGCAUUGGAAUUGCAGCCCAACUUCCUUACAUGAAAGAACUACUGCAAAGGCGUCGAGAGGCGGGUGUACGCACGCGAAGAAUCUCUCUUGUGUGGCAGCUUGAUCAAACUGGAGACUACGAGUGCGCAAGGGACUGGCUCCAGUACUUACUCAAACAAGAUGAUGGAUACGUGUGUGCCCAACGCUGA